AGGCUGGCGGCAGCCUGGCCCGACUGUACAUGCUGCUGGCAGGACAUGAGCCACUGAAAAAAAACAGCAAACAUGCAGCUUUGGAAGCGGUAUCUUCUAACAGAAGAUGAUAUAAAGUUACAAGAAUUUCAGCAGAUGAAAGUGACAAUUAGAAAUGAAGUUCAUGGCAAUAAAGAUCCAUAUUUCAAAAGUAUUAAAGAAAAAUUAAAGAAAAAUGGGAUCAUUCUCAAAAAUGAAUUAAAAAAUUUACUGCAUUUGUGUCAGACUUCAUCUGACGUGGAUCUAGCCAGAAGAGUUAUUUACAGGUACCAUGAGCAGAAUGAAAUCGCAGCCUUACAUGAUUUUAAAUUUGGACCUCUCUUUAUGAGGCUCUGUUAUGAGCUGGACCUUGAAAGACCUGCAGUAGAACUUAUCAAAGAUCAGAAUUUGCGUGGUUUUUUCUCAGACUGUACGUCAUUCCAUAUUUUGAUGACUAUGUUAUUUAAAAAGGGCCAUUUUGAAAAUGCUUUGGAAAUUCUGGUAGAAAUGAAAAAACAAGGUAUACCUUUCAACAAAGUAACCUAUUUACUUGCAUUUGCAAUAUGCUACAAACUGGACAACAUGGACUCUUGCAAAAUGUCUGCAAAACUUCUUGAAGAAGCUCAGCUAAAAGGUGACACAUUACCACUGCGAGCGUUCUGCUUUGCUGUGGCAGCUGCUCUGAAGCAGAAUGAUGUAUCACAAGCCAAAUUUUAUUGUUCUCAGAUAAUGAAAACAGAAAACAAACUAUACAACAAUCUUAAAGUUCUUGUCCAGCUCAAAUCUGGUUCACUAGAAGAAGUAAUAAAGACAUUAGAAGCAGCAGUCGAAGUAGAUAUUUCUCCCUUUGUGAAAAAAAUUGAGUUUUCUGAACAGGUGUUGGCUACAGUCAGGGAAAAGAUGGAAGAAAACCCAGACCUUUCUGCCAAAUUAAGAGAUAUUUAUAGAAAGCUGCAAUCUUCAGGACAGGUUACCAUGUGUACACUGGAAGACAUGCUUUUCCAGAUUCCUGCUUCAAAGAAGACUCCUGCAAAGCUUUUAAAUCAGAAGCAAUUGGGCUAUCAGGCUGCUAAACCUCUUCGAUCAAAUCUGUUGUUGGAAUAGUUGGAUAUUUAUUGGCAAACUGAAUUGCUGUUAGCAUCUCUUAGAAGAUAUAUUGAAAUAAAAUAUCUUCUCCUCUCCUCCACAAUGAGGAACUGUU